AUGUCAUCAUCAUCAACAAUAUAUAGUGGAGGAGGAGGAGGAGGAGGUAGUAGUAACAGCAGCAGUAACAAUAACAACAGUAGUAGCAAUAUAAGUAGUAGUGGUAAACAUUCAUCUUCGUCAUCUAAACACUCUAGUAAGAGCAACUCACAUGAUGACUCUUCAGCAAGAGAUGCUCGGCAAAAGUCCAAAGAGAUAGACAAGAACCUCAGGAAAGAAGCUCAUACCAACAGGCUCAUAAAGUUACUAUUACUAGGUGCAUCAGACAGUGGCAAGUCUACAUUAUUCAAACAGAUGAAGUUGAUCAAGGAGAAUGGAGGCUUCACAGAGAAUGAGUAUAAGGAGAGUAGACAGCUUAUAUUUGAGAACAUUGUCAGUCAGAUGAACCUAUUACUCGAUGCCAUGUACACAUCAAUUGAUAACAUUAAUAAUAAUAUUAGCAAGAGCAACAACCUCAUUGACAUCAAUAAUAAUAAUAAUAAUAAUAACAAUAAUAAUAAUGGAAGUGGAAGUAGUAGUAGUAGUAAUGGCGAUAAUAUUGGAAUAACUUCCUCAACACCAACAACUACAUCUACUACAAGUACAACUACAACUACUACAACAACAACUACAACACGACAACAACAUAUGAUGUACUUUGAGGAUCCAAUCAAUUUGGAAAGGGCGGCACGUAUUAAACACGCUGGCGAGCUACUCAAUCAAUUGAGUCUGAUAUCAUGGACGGCAGUGAUAUCCGACAUCAAGACACUGUGGCAAUCAAACGAGAUACAGCGACAGUUCAAUCAAAUAUACAAUCAUAGCAAUGCGAGCAACCCCGAUGGCCAGAUGCCGGCCGCCCUACAAUUAAACGAUUCAGCAUCAUAUUUUUUCAACAACCUAGACUCCUAUACUACCGAUUCAUUCAUACCAACCGAGCAAGAUAUACUACGAGUGCGAGCAAAGACUACAAGCGUCAUCGAGGAAGACGCAGAGUUCAGAGGACUGAAGUUUAGAAUGGUGGACGUAGGUGGACAAAAGACAUAUAGAAGGAAAUGGAUACAUUGCUUCGAUAAUGUUUAUGCAGUACUGUUUGUAGCGCCACUGAAUUGUUACGACCAGGUGAUGGAGGAGGACCCAACGACCAACCGUAUGAAGGACUCGCUGCAACUGUUCAACGAGAUAUCCAACAGCGCCUACUUCCAGAACAGCGUGCUCAUACUCUUUUUGAACAAGAUCGAUCUGUUCAAGCAGAAGAUCAAGCGCAUCCCGCUGGCCAACUACCUUGACGGCUUCACUGGGACGGCCGGGUCGACAAAGGCUGGCGCGACAUUCAUUGCCGAUCUCUUUAAGAAGCAGAUCAAGCACAAGCGACCCCUGUACAUCCACUUCACAUGCGCCAUCGACACGUCCAAUGUCCGUUUCGUCUUCCAAUCAAUCAUUGACGACAACAUCAAGAAGUCAUUGGAGACCUUUUAUUGA